GGCGUAAUAUUGGUACGCAUGAUUGGCGUUCGCGUUGGAAAGGUGGAUUACCGAAGAGAUAACCUUUCGUCGAGUUAGGGUUUGUUUAUUUAUUUAUUCGUCUCCCAUUCGAUUCAUUAGAUGACCGUUCUAUCAAGAUUUUUGGUGAUGAUGUUAUUUUGAGUGGAAUAAGGUUAUGACACUUUGUUUGGGGUACUGUUGACAGUGAGAUAUCGAUAUGGAGAUACAGACAUGUGGCAAACCGAUUAAUUCAUUAUUAGAAAAGGUGCUGUGUAUGAAUAUACUGUCUUCUGAUUAUUUCAAAGAGCUUUACCGGUUAAAGACAUACCAUGAAGUCAUUGAUGAAAUUUACAAUCAAGUUGAUCAUGUUGAGCCAUGGAUGACCGGGAACUGUCGUGGUCCUUCGACUGCAUUCUGCCUUCUUUACAAGUUUUUUACCAUGAAGCUUACUGUCAAACAAAUGCAUGGGCUGUUGAAGCAUCCCGAUUCUCCUUACAUUAGAGCCAUUGGAUUUCUCUACUUGAGAUAUGCUGCAGAUCCAAAGACUUUAUGGACUUGGUUUGAACCUUACAUCAAAGAUGAAGAGGAAUUCUCCCCUGGAUCCAAUGGACGAAUGACUACAAUGGGUGUAUACGUGCGUGAUUUGCUUCUUGGACAGUACUACUUUGACACCCUUUUCCCCCGAAUCCCUGUACCUGUGUUGCGGCAAGUUGUAUCCAAUCUUGAGAAGAUGAAGCUGCCUACUAAACCGUCUGGUGCAACUGGGGAUUCUAACCGUCAUGGAUCUGAUGACACUGCUCGCCGGCCGCCAUCAGUGAAAGCUGCACUUUCUGUCUCUUUCGGUCAGCGUGCCCCCCAUCGUGCUUCAACCAGGGACUCAUCUCCUGUGCGUCGCAGCCUCCCACCACCACCUUAUGACAGAUCUGGCAGUGAUGAUUUAAAAAGAUCUCCCAGCCACCGUCGCAGCCAGAGUCGUGAAUAUUCUGACAGGGAAUAUUCUGAGAAGGACAGGGAUUGGGAUCGAGAUAGGGAAAGAGAAAGGGAAAGGGACAGGGAUCGUGAUCGGGAUAGGAACAGAGAUCGGGGUAGGGAUAGGGAUAGGAACAGGGAUCGGCAUAGGGAUAGGAAUAAGGAUAGGAACAGGGACAGGGAUUGGGAUAGAGAAAGAGCCAAGGACAAGGAGAGGGAUAGGGAGCGAACGCAUGAUUACAAUCGAAGGUCAAGGUACUCAGAUAAAAGGGACUAUGAAGAGUUACGUGAUGAUAACAGGCAUUAUAGAGUAGCUAGCUCUCAUAGGAGCAGAAGCCGAACUCGCAGCAGGAGUCGAAGCAGGAGCAGAAGUCGAAGUUUGCAAGCCGGCAAUAGUCAUUUUGAUCGUCAUUCAAGUCCACCGAAAGAGGGAAGCAAGGAGAAGACAUCUGCAUCCAGCAAUUUGGCGAAGCUUAAGGAUCUGUACGGUGAUUUAAGUGAUCAAAAAGGGGAUGGCUUUGAAAGGGUACCUAGGAGGGACAACAGUGGCGAAGAGGUGAUUAGGCUAGGUGGUUCUACUUGGAAAUAG